CACACACACACACUAAAGGCAGGCGGGCUGGUGGGCGCAUUUCUGCUCAUAAAUCGUAGCGGUCGAGCGGAGGGAGGCAGCGAGCAGCCCAAUGAUGACGCCGUACCCGGCUCAUAGGGGCUCUCCGUCGGCCAUGAGUCUUAAGCCAGCGGCUCUCUGGUGGGCGAUACUGGUGUAAAAUGCAGCGGGUCACACUGGCAGCGCUGGUCGGCCUAGCUGAGCCCGGCUGCUCGCCUCGGCCGCUCCCGUUUCAGCUUUAGUACUUACUACUGCCUUCUUUUUUUUAUUAUCGCGGCGUUAUUGUUUUCAGGUCAAGGGUUUCCCGAGCGGCUCGUUUGGACUAAAAAUGGCCGGAGAUGGCGGCGCUCUAAAGGAUAUUAAUGAGAUUAAGUCGCAGUUCCGGACCAGAGAGGGCUUCUACAAGCUGCUCACCCUCUCCGACUCCCAGCAGCGGGGCGGGCUGCCAAGGGGUCCCUCCGCCGGGGCAACGCUGGGCCCCGCGGCUGGAGCCGGCCCGAUACCCGGUGGAGGGGUCGGGCUGUUGCAGGGGCCCGGUGCCGCCGCUGCAGCAGCUGCCGCAGCCGUCGCUUCCUCAUCGAAUGCCGCAGCUAAUUCCUCCCCGGCGGGUUUCCUGCCGCCGGUACGGGUCUCCAUGGUCAAGCUCCAGCCCGAAGACCCGGGCGAGGAGUCAGAGCGGGUGUGCUUCAACAUCGGCAGGGAGCUUUAUUUCUACACGUACACUAACAUUAAGAAGGCAGUGGACCUGAGCAAGCCAAUUGACAAAAGGAUUUACAAGGGCACGCAGCCCACGUGUCACGACUUCAACCAGUACUCGGCGUCAGCUGACAGUGUGGCACUCAUCGUGGGCUUUUCGGCCGGGCAGGUGCAGUACUUGGAUCCCAUCAAGAAGGAGACCAGCAAGCUCUUCAAUGAGGAGCGUCUAAUCGACAAAUCCAAGGUAACGUGUCUGAAAUGGCUCCCCAAGUCUGAGAACCUGUUCCUGGCCUCUCACUCGAGUGGCCACCUUUAUCUCUACAACGUGGAGCAUCCAUGCGGCACGGCUGCGCCUCAGUACUCGCUUCUGCGCCAAGGGGAGGGCUUCGCCGUGUACGCCUGCAAAACCAAGACACCCCGAAACCCUCUUCUGCGCUGGGCCGUGGGCGAGGGCGGCCUAAACGAGUUCUCCUUCUCGCCCGAUGGGGUCCACGUGGCAUGCGUGGGCCAGGAUGGCUGCCUGCGGGUCUUCCACUUUGACUCCAUGGAGCUCCAGGGCGUCAUGAGGAGUUACUUUGGAGGACUGUUGUGUGUCUCAUGGAGCCCAGAUGGCAAGUACCUGGCCACGGGGGGGGAGGACGACCUGGUCACCGUGUGGUCCUUCGCCGAGAGCCGGGUGGUGGCCCGCGGGCAUGGACACAAAUCCUGGGUCAACGUGGUGGCGUUUGACCCCUUCACCACAUCCCUGGAGGACGAGGAACCCAUGGAACUCAGUGGGAGUGAGGAGGACCUCCACCAGGGAGGGGCGCCCAACAAUACUACCCCACACUUUGGACGGGUGCGCACCAGCAGCACCCUGUCACGGCUCUCCCGGCACAGCUCCAAAGGCGGCGGCUCAGCGGCUGUCACCUACCGAUUCGGAUCCGUCGGACAGGACACCCAGUUUUGUCUGUGGGACCUUACAGAUGAUGUUCUAUACCCUCGUCUGCCGCUUUCGCGAGCCUUUACAAAUACUUUUGGACCCACGCUGCCCAACUCUGUGGGUGGUGGAGUGGAGGGCCACCACCACCCACCUGUUGUGGGCACUUCCAACCCGCCCACGCUGCCUCUCCCACUCCCUCGCUCCCUCUCCCGCUCCAACUCACUUCCCCACCCAGCGGUCGCAAACACCUCCAAGACCCAGGGCGCCACGGAGGGCGGCACUGGGGGAACAGGAAGUGGUACCGGUACCGUGGGGAGUGCCCCAGGUAACACCGCGCCGUUCAGCAUCGGCCGCUUUGCCACGCUUUCCCUCCAGGAGCGCAAGUCGGACAAGUCGGUGGUGGGUGGCGGGGUGGAGAAAGAACACAAACGCUACCACAGCCUGGGUAAUAUCAGCAAAAGUAACGAUAAGAUCAAUGUGGCACCGCGGGGUGGCGGGCGCCUGGAUGCCGCCAAAGUUCUGGGCACCACGCUUUGCCCGCGUAUGCAUGAGGUGCCACUGUUGGAGCCACUCGUGUGCAAAAAGAUCGCCCAUGAGAGACUCACCGUGCUAGUCUUCAUGGAUGACUGUAUCAUCACGGCGUGCCAGGAGGGGCUCAUCUGCACCUGGGCCAGGCCUGGCAAGGCGAACUUAACAGCACAGAACGGAAACUCUCCAAGCGGCACGGUGGUAUAGCUGCACCUUCAUCACUCCUCCUACCAUCCCUAAACGGAAGGCAACCGAAAACACCCGACCACUUCACCAAUGCAGUAUUACCCUCUGCUCAUCCUGCAGAAGCCACGGCCAGCUAUAUUUAAGUAAUUUAUUUCAUCAUUAAACUGUCUAGUAAUUUAUACUGUAAAUAGUCAAAGUACUCUUUAAUGGCAAGGAGGCGCUACAGGAAGCAAGUGAACACAUUGUACGUGGCAACGCACUGAAUGUCUUUCCAGGAGUUCUGUCUUGAUGUCACUGUCUCUUUUUGAGUUGAUGCCGGCCGGUUACUGUCAAGAUGCUUCAAGGGGCUCCGAAAGCGGCAUGUCGAGCUCGGGUCCAAGUCACGUGACCACACGCACAAAACACACUGUUGCUGAUGGGAUAGCUGCAGAGUCAUAUGUGUCGUAUUCAUUCAUGUUGCACAAAGGAGUAUUACAAACCUGGGGUGGUGCAGGGAACCGAACUAUGAAGAUGACGGAGGGGAAAUUAAAGAAAAUGUUCAACCUUAAAAUGAAAAUAAUGAAAGUUAAAAUGUUUUUUCUUUUUGGCAAAAAGUUGCAAUCCUUUUUAAAAAUCACUCUUUUGUUCAAAGAAAAACUAUGCAAGUCUUAGGGGGGGGGGUGUAAAAGUACAUUUGAAAGAAGAAAUUCUUCCAAAAAAAGUCUAGAACACUUGCUUUUUUAUAUAAUUUAAAAGAAGCGUUUAAAAGAGCAUUCUUUAAGGGGAAAAUAGUCAUAUUACAGUUGGGGGAAAGUUGCAUUUAAUUUUGAGCAGGGGGUAGUGGUGUGGAUACGCAAUUUUUGAGAAUAUCUUUUUUUCCACAAAUAUUGCAACUUUUUCCAGGAAGAAAAUAUACUUUUUGGGGGAGGAAGAAUGCUACAAUCUUGAGGACAUAAAUGUUUGUUUUUCUUUUUUUUUUUGUGGGCAAAAGACAAACGUGCCAAUUUUUACGUGACUUUAUUUUGUACACACAGUUCAUUUGCUUUUCAUCCAAUUUUUCUGCUUUAAUUUUGCUGUGUUUGAUUUUUUUCCCCUUUCCAGUGUGGCCCUGAUACUCCUUGGUAGUGUUGCACCUGAAUUGCCUCUUGCAAUAAUUUGCACAGACAAAAAAAAAGUCACCGUCUCUCCACUCAAUACAUUCGUCAAUACAUAAAAGCUACAUUUGUUUCAAAGUCUCCUGUGAUUAUUUUAUGCUUUGCAGCCAUAAUAAAAAAACAAGCCUAGUA